AUGAGUCUGAUCCCCAUCAUUCUGGCCAACCUUGCCGACGCGGUGGCUCUGGUACUGGAGAAUAUGAACAAUUUACAGAUCGAUUUCGAAGAUGCAUCCGCUCGAGAGUUAGCCACUAGUUUGCUUGAUGCAAGGCCAAUUGGGGGCACAUUUACGGAAAUAAUUCAGCGGAAUGAUUGCUUCAACGAAUCAAACGACGAUCGAGGAGCCAACGUCUGCACGUCCCCGAACGGAACAGAUGGUAGUCUGUUUGCACGGAACAAUCACCCGCAGGUGUCAGGUGUGACAGACAAAUUGAAAUUUAUCGCUGGUGAGAAUGAUCCUCGGGCAGAUCUCGGAGACCCUGUACAAUCAGUUCCAUCCUCAUUGCCCCCAGAUAGCAUGAAUGAGACAAAUGAAGAACUAUACAACCUUCAGGAUGCCAUACUUCGGGCACUGCGUGAUCAGGAUUCCAUCCCACCCUCGUUGAUGAAACGCCUUGAACUGAUAACUGAUAAAGCUAUGAUGGAAGAAUUGAAGAAUUCUCAGAGUAACCCUGUACAGUUCCAGUCAGUCUUGUUUCGUUGCAUUGGAUCGGAAGUGGAUCGAAAUUGUGCACCUUUUUCAUUUGACUAUCGUCCGCCUAGUCCAUCGUCACCUCCGCCAAAGACAUUCGAGGACGAACUUUUGGACUGUCUGGCCAAUCAAAAUGGUCGUGAUUCAGACGAUUCAAUGACCACUAUCACCACGUCUAGCUCAAGUCGAACAGGAUCUAUUCCAGGUCAAUCCAUGGGAAUCGAGAAACUCUCCAUAAGUGUGAAUGAGCCUCUAGAUUUAACAAACUUAAUGGAAUUUAUCGAGGGUUGUUCAUCGCACAAUCCUGCAUGCCUUCAGGCCCUAAAAGUUGUGCUAAAAUUGCUCACAGAACAACCAGAAUUUCAAGCACUGAUUGUUGAACGGGAAUUGACGGCACCUUCUAUCACAUACGCCGAUUCAUAG